CCAUCAGGCAGCCAGGACACAGAGGGGCAAGUCAGCAUUGGCGCCCCUUCCUCAGAUCCCUAUCAUCUUGGGAAACAGUAGCCCAGAGGUUCAGGAAGAUGUUAACUUAAAUGUUCAGGGUGCCCCAGUCUGUUCAGCAUGGCUGAAAUCCACACUCCGUAUUCUUCCUUGAAGAAACUGUUAUCUUUACUCAAUGGCUUCGUGGCUGUGUCUGGCAUCAUCCUCGUUGGCCUGGGCAUUGGUGGUAAAUGUGGAGGGGCCUCUCUGACGAAUGUCCUCGGGCUGUCCUCUGCAUACCUCCUUCACGUUGGCAACCUGUGCCUGGUGAUGGGAUGCAUCACGGUACUGCUUGGCUGUGCCGGGUGGUAUGGAGCGACUAAAGAGAGCAGAGGCACGCUCUUGUUUUGCAUCCUGUCAAUGGUUAUUGUCCUCAUCAUGGAAGUCACAGCUGCCACAGUGGUCCUUCUUUUCUUUCCAAUUGUUCGAGAUGUGGCCUUGGAACACACCUUCGUGACCCUGAGGAAGAAUUACAGAGGUUACAACAAGCCAGACGACUAUUCUACACAGUGGAACUUGGUCAUGGAGAAGCUAAAGUGCUGUGGGGUGAAUAACUACACAGAUUUUUCUGGCUCUUCCUUCGAAAUGACAACGGGCCACACCUACCCCAGGGGUUGCUGUAAAUCCAUCGGAAGUGUGUCCUGUGACGAACGCAAUGUAAACAUCAUCCACCAGAAGGGCUGUUUCCAUAAACUCCUAAAAAUCACCAAGACUCAGAGCUUCACCCUGAGUGGGAGCUCUCUGGGAGCUGCAGUGAUACAGUUGCCAGGAAUUCUUGCCACUUUGCUGCUGUUUAUCAAGCUGGGCUGACACCCAGGCCUGGAGAAGAUGAGACACCUGGGCCCAUCUGGCUGCUGGAGAUUCAGUCUCAGUUUUAUUUCUCUGUAGCACUCACUGCUUCUGGAGGGGAGAUUGUUAAUAAAAGAUUUGGGAAA